AGAAGCUCCUGGCAAGGUGAAGCAGGAGGGAGAAGAUCGCUCGGGCGCCAUGUCUGCGCUCAUCGACCUUGUUGAGAAGGAAUAUCCCGGUGACAAGGUCAAGAAGGAGAAGCCCGAGGCUGCAGGUGGCGACGCGAGUGACGCUGCCGCCGUUGGUGGGGCCGACCAGGAUCGAGCGAACGAGCCCUCGAGCGGGAAGAGGAAGAUGUCAUCGGACGAGGCUGAGCGCAGCCAAGAGGGCUCCAAGGAGAAGAGGAAGAAGUCGGAGAGCGAGGAACCCAAGGCAGAAGCAGCUGCUGAUCAUGCGAGCGAGGACUCGGAUGAGGGAGGCCUCGAGAUCGAUGAAGGAGACGAGGAUGAAGAGAAAGAGGCGAAGACGCAGGCCAGCGUGAAGCCGAACAAGGAACAGGAAUCGUCCGCUGUGGAAGGAGAGGAUGCUGCUGCUGUACCGAACUCCGAGGAACUGAAGCAGUCGGCAACAAAAGUUGCUGAGGAUGCGAAGAUGGCAGAGUCGCAGGAGGAGAAGGCGCAGGACUCCUCCAAGAAGGAGGAGGAGGCAGAGACCCAACCUGAUCCUCACUCCGGAAUUAAGCCGGCCACCAAGAGCCAGGAGGAGGCUGACGAGGACGAGGAUGUUGAUGACGAUGAUGAUGACGAUGAGGACGAGUGAAAGGAGAGCUGCUGUAAGCGCCUGAUUUCCUGCUCUUGCACGCAAACAUAUCAAGUUAAGGAAUAAAUCUCUAGAUAUUGUC